AUGGCCCCCACCAGUGUCUUUGAUCGUCUCAUGAGCUUCUACACCAAGAACCGUGAUGAACCUCCUCCAGUGCUGUCGGUGACCACAGCAGCUCUGCUCUCGGUUCUGGCCACUCUAGGGUAUGUGGCCCCCUUCUAUCUAUCAUCAUCUGCCCGGCCAUCUCCCACUUUGAGUAGAGAUGCGCCUUCUGUCAUUCGGACCCGGGUUCGGGCGGUCAGCAUUGCCUGCCUGAUCAGCACCUUGGUUGUCCUGGCCAUCGCCACGCAGAAAGGCAAUGCAACAGUCGCAGAGGUCCUCAAGCUGCUGGGAGUGUGGCCCAUUGGGCCCCUCGAAAUCCUUCGCAGCUUGCUCUUGACUGCCAUUCUUUUCACAGGGCCGCUGUUCGAGAGGGGCAUCGCCCAAAGCGAAUGGAAAGCGUGGCUUCGAGGAGAAGGACUCGUCGAGUGCCUGCGCAGCUGGAUUGGUUUUCGGAAUUACGUCGCGGGUCCCGUCACGGAGGAGAUCAUCUUCCGCUCGGUCAUCGUCUCGCUCCAUCUGCUGGCCAAGAUGUCGCCGGGGCGGGUCGUAUUCAUCUCUCCUCUCUAUUUCGGCAUCGCCCAUGUGCAUCAUUGCUAUGAGUUCCGCUUAACCCAUCCGGACACGCCUCUCGGGGCGUCACUCCUCCGGUCAAUCUUCCAGUUCGGCUACACGACCGUCUUCGGUUGGUUCGCCACGUUUUUGUACCUGCGGACUGGCUCUCUGCCGGCUGUGAUCCUGGUCCACAGCUUCUGUAACUGGUGCGGUCUCCCUCGACUCUGGGGCCGCGUCGAAGCCGCUGUGCCCAUCGGACCCCCUCACCUUCGGGGCAAGGAUGAUGCGGAGGUGAGCCAGCUACACAUUUCCGCCCCACUUGGCAUUGGCUGGACGAUCGCCUACUAUGUACUUCUCGUAGCCGGCGCGGUAGGAUUUUACCGUCUGCUAUGGCCACUCUCACAGUCGUCGUUAGCGUUGGCCUCUUUCGGUUCGAAAUAG